AUGAACCACCAGCUCGCACCGCACCACACUGCGGCUGGACGGCUGCAUUUCCAGGUUGCAAGCUGGGGUGGACGAGCUAGUGGCAUACAAGACAAUACACACUGGCAGUACAGCCAGCCCGGCCAGCCCCCUGCAUUCGACAACAGGCCUAGCGGAAUGCAGAGCGCGCAGAUGGGCGAUAUAAUCACGGUCAGGGUAUUCCAUCGUCGCGCAUAUCACCCCGGUCCAGGGGUCAAAGACCACAGAAAACCCAUCCCCACUAGAGCCAUUCCGUCGAGGUCGCCCGGAUCGCCAAUCGACCUGAAGAAGGAUAGAUCACCCUCGGAUCCCUGCGCGGCCACACGCUCUGCAACCUUAACUAAUGAGCCAUUCCUCCCACUACCGCGACCAACCUUCGGUCCCCCAACGCCAUAUCCCACAGCCAGCGAGCGCCCUUUGAGCAAACGGCCUGCGGGAAGCCCGUCCAACCAACAAGCCCUCAUCUCCGUUCCCACGUUUGCCGUGUUUCUCAGUCGACGGGGUCGUCUGCGUGUGGCAUUCGUGACGGACGCGGAUCCAUCGCAGGAUUAG